AUGCCGUUACAAUCGUAUGAUUACACACCCAGCCAAGCGCACUCAAGCCCGCAAAGACUAGGAAGCAUCGGCCAUUCUCAGAACCUUCCGUUCUUGGAUCAAUCGUGUUACUACGAGAACGACGACGCAUCGAGUCAGAGUACUGCGAGUACAACAUACGCUUGGAAACAUGAGAGCGGAUCUGCAAACUCAAUGUCGCAAUUGGAGAGCACGUUCGGAGACAGACAACAACAUCUGCUUCAAUCCAUCAAAUCGUAUUCGCUCCACAUCCUAGUAGCCACGAUCGUUGCCCUUUUUCUCUUCGAAAUCACCGUUCGCCUACCCUUCCUUCUCGCACUCACAUUUGCGAUUCCCUACGUCCACAUGAUGCUCACACCAGAGAAAUCCACACUCUGCUCUACUGCUUACGAGAGUGAUGCAGAGGAAGGUCUCUACCGUCGCUCAUCCACCUUCUCCAUUGUCCCCAGCCAACCUGCUGCCCAGCCCAAAGCUCCAGCAACGAUAGGCCCAAUCAGCAUCACCUUCCCCGGAUUAAACCUCUUCUUGCCAUCAACAUGGUUUCCAAGCGCGACAGACCCCUCUCGAUCCAGAAGAGUACGCUUACAUACCACGUACCGCGAGUCUGCAUACCAACCCCGACGCACUUUCCGCGAGGCGUUGGGAGACACUGGACCCAGACUAUUAAAGAGGUGGGGUGCGUUCGCACUCGAGACUUUGUGCUUUCAGAUUACUUCUCGUGUCAUGAUGCGUAUCGCGCAGGCUGCAUACGAAGCCAUGUCUGGCGAAGAGGUCAAUGACAACUUCGUGCACAUGUACGUUAUGUACGUUCUGCGCUUCUAUAAAGACUGGACUGUGGGUCUGAGCUCUAUUACUUGGUUCGUUAUCAAGAGGAUUGUUGGGAAGACAGUGCUGUCGUUGGGGAAACAGACUGUGAUGGCUGCUGGCGGCGUGAAGGACAUAACGUUGGAGUACGAAGAUGCGAACACAGUGCAGUUCUGA